GUUUAGAUUAGAGUGGAGUGAAAAUGUCGAAAAGGAAAAAAGGAAUUUCAGCCGAUGAGAAGAAAUCUCUACUGAUGGAAAUUUUUCACGAAACGAAAGAAUUCUACCAAUUGAAAGAUCUCGAAAAGAUAGCCGCCAAAGAGAAGGGAUUGAAGGAGCAAGUGGUUAAGGAGAUUCUUCAGGCUCUCGUUGACGAAGGGCUGGUCCAGUCGGAUAAAAUUGGCCCUUCGCAGUACUAUUGGUCUUUUCCCGCCAAGAAGCGGAAGCUAAAGCAGCAGGAAUUGGAGCAACUCAAAUGUAAGAUUGAUGAAUCGACCGGAAAGAUUGAGGAACUAAAGAAACGGAUAGAAGAUGUGCAGGAAACUCAAGGAGAAUCCUCGAAAAGCGCUGAUGUUUUUGACAAGCUGAAAGCACUCAAGGAAAAGGAAAAACAGUUCUCACUGGACCUCGAAAAAUUAAGGCAAAAUGAUAAAAAAUCGCUGGAGACGAUGAACAAAACUCUUCCGGGUUUACAUGACGCCGCAAACCGCUGGACGGACAAUAUAUUCUCGAUAAAGUCGUGGUGCAAAAAUCGCUUCAACAUCCAGGAAAACCUGAUCGAUAAGCAGUUCCAAAUUCCCUCUGACCUUGACUAUCUGGAGUAGGGAAUAAAACUUAUU